AUGGCGAUCAGGGACGAUAUCGCCCGUUUCUGCCGCCAGUAUCUUCAGCUGGAGCGUCACCUAGACUACCCACCAGCCACUUCACUGAGAGACGACCAGGUCCAAGCUACCCUUUAUGAGCAGCUAUUUGCCGAUGGGGCCGUUGCUUUCCCACCUUCGCAUAGGUACCAGCUGGGCGUGCUGAAAGAGCUCAUGGCAGCCACCGAGGCGAGUAUCGACGACUGGGAUCAACAUGGAGUCUCAGAUGACUUGAUGGGCUCACUCUCUUCCCUUCUCUCUCUUCCCAUGCCAUCCGAAAUCACUGCUGCCCAGCAAAAGUCUUACGUCACUUAUACGCUUUCUCUGCUAGACCAGGUCAGCAGCAGCGCUGUUCAACCUGCGGCUCGCAUCACCUUGUUGGAGCACCGGAAUCUCAUAUCCGCCUUUGGCACGACGGGCUUGCGCACGUGGGAGGCGGCGCUACAUCUGGGCCAGUACCUCUGUUCACACCGAUCCCUAAUCCAGGGGCAACGUGUUAUUGAGCUUGGAGCGGGAACCGGAUACCUGUCCAUUCUCUGCGCCAAGUACCUGGGUGCGUCUCAGGUCAUUGCCUCGGAUGGCUCAGAUGAUGUCGUCGCGAACCUGCCCGAGAAUUUCUACUUGAAUGGCCUUGAAGGGGCAACUUGCAUAUCGGCCAUGGACAUCAAAUGGGGCCACGCACUAGUAGGUACUGAGGAACAGUACUGGAACGGAGCCAAGCCCAUCGACGUCGUCCUGGGUGCAGAUGUCACCUAUGAUAAGACCGUCAUCCCGGCUCUGAUUGGGACCAUGGAGGAGCUAGUGGGCAUGUUUCCCGAGGUCAAGGUGCUCCUAGCUGCCACUGAGAGGAAUAGGGAGACGUUCGAGAGUUUUCUUGGAGUCUGUUAUCAGAGACAGUUCCGCGUCGACGAAGUGGACUUCCGACUCCCUGCCAAAAAAGAGCAGAGCGGCCCCUUCUACAGUGACGAUGUACCAAUUCGAAUCUGCACAAUACACAAAUCAUGA